UCAUUCUGUUUUCAUGUGUAGAUUUUUAGGAAACCCCAUAAAAUUGGGAUUUUCUCCAGAUCGGCAGAAAGUGAUUACGAUUGGUUACAGAGGUCCCUCUAUUCAGAGUUUAGGGACUUGGUGACAGAAGUCAGACACUAUUACAUCUCUAACUACGGACGGCGGCAGUUCCAGGACAAUGUCUCUCAGUGCACAUUCGGGAUCCUGUAUCACACUAUGAGGAGAGGGAGGCUGAAUAUCACUGAUGUGACUGACGGUCUGUAUGAUGAGGAGUUGAAAUAUAUGGCUGGUGUUCUAGGGAAGGAGAAUGUGAUUGUGGUUGCUGAUGUCCUGGGGGACAGUAGCCCAGCAGAGAGAGGCAGAAUCCUGGAGCAACAGCGCAGUAUUGGGGAAUACGCCUGCGACCUGGUGCUACUCACACAAGCAGAUAAGGGAGGCCAAGGCCGGCUGAGGGAGAAGCUGGAGGGCGUUAGAUCUGCUUUAUACAUCACAGGUCUUUAUGUGCAUUUUUCUGAGAGUGAGGAUGAAGAUGAUCAAAUCAACAGAAUGCAAAAGGAAAUUACAUGUCUUCUUAAACAACUUCCAGAAACUGUUGAAAAAAAACUGAAAGGACUCAUGGAGGGACUGGAUUGUACUACUUCUGACCCACUAAAAAAUUACUUUAGGCAGGCCAAAGGCAGAACUGUCAACUUAAUUAAAUUCUUGAAUGGUUCCUAUUUAAAACAAAAUGAUCUUUGGGAAAUGAAAUUAGAAAACAAAAAAGAUGGCCUAAAAAAGUUUAUCAGGAAGCGCCAUAAAAUUGGAAUUUUCUCCAGAUCGGCAGAAAGUGAUUACGAUUGGUUACAAAGGUCCCUCAAAACAGAAUUCAGUGAUUUGGUGGCAAAAGUUACACCCUGUUACAUCUCUAACAACGGGCGGCGGCAGUUCUGGGAAGAUGUCUCUCAGUGCACAUUCGGGAUCCUGUAUCACACUAUGAGGAGAGGGAGGCUGAAUAUCACCGAUGUGACUGACUCUCUCUAUGAUGAAGAACUGCGAUAUAUGGCUAAUGUGCUAGGGAGGAAGAAUGUGAUUGUGGUUGCUGAUGACCUGGAGGACAGUGGGGAGGCACAGAAAGACAGAAUCCUAGUACAACAGCGCAGUAUUGGGGAAUACGCCUGCGAUCUGGUGCUACUCACACAAGCAGAUAAGGGAGACAAUGUCCGACUGGAGGGAAAGCUGGAGAGCAUUCGAUCUGCUCUACAAGUCACAAGUCUUUAUGUGCAGUCAACUGAGAGAGAGGAUGAAGAUAACCAGAGAACUGCAAAUUUAGCAUCUAAAGUGUCAUUUGCUAUAACAUGUCUCAAACAGGCAAGAUCCAUUGGCACUGAAACUUUAAAAGACCUUAGCACUGGAGUUGGCCAAAUAGUUCAGAAAACUGGCGCAAAUGUGAAUAACAGAGAACUGGCUCCCUGUACAACUGAUGAUACAACACCCUGCCCAACUGGCCCACCACAACAACAAAGAAGAUAUGAGAAAGCUGCUGGGAGUGGGACACAGGGUCAGAGGCGACUUAGUGUACAACAGCAAAAAUCUCACAAGCAAGAUGGCAACGAGAAAAAAAGUUCCUGGAAAGAAAGACUAUGGAACAGUUUGGGGGGCUUGGGAAGUGAAAUUGUGCAACAAACUAAGGAAAAGCACACGGUCGGGAUAUUCUCCAGAUCAGCAGAAGAUGAUUACCGGUGGCUGUGCAGGUUCAUUAAAUCAGAGUUUAGCGGCCAUGUUGAGGAGGUCAGACCCUGUCACAUCUCUAACAGUGGGAGGAGUCAGUUCUGGGAGGAGGUGUCUCGCUGCUCGGUCGGGAUCCUGUAUCACACCAAGAACAGAGGGAGGAUUAAUGUCACUGAUGUGCCGGGCUCUCUGUAUGAUGAGGAGCUGCAGUAUUUAGCCAAUCAGCUGGGGAAGGACCGAGUCCUGGUGGUGGUGGAUGACCUGGAAGACAGUGGCCCUGAGGAGAAGCAAGGGAUUCUGGGGAGCCAAGGAAGCAUUGGGAAAUGGGCCAGUGACCUCAUUCUCAUCAGCACCAAUGAGAAGAAACAUAUUAACUCCACAAACUCAAUGUUUAAACUGCGCAAUAAGUUUAAUAGAAUCACACAGAUUUAAUUUGUUGCAACUUAUUCCUCCCAGUGUUCUAAAAGCAGGACAUUUAAGGCCACACCCCCACUCUAUUGAAUCCAUAGCCAGUUUGUAAAAUGGCCUCCCCAUUCAUCCCCCACACCUCACUCACUUUUCACCUACAUAUAUGUCCUGGGCAAAUAAAAAUAAUGGCUGUGAAAUAUAAUGUAUCUGUAUGUGUUUUAACUAUGGAAAUGCCAUGAUUAGAUUUAUGUUUUUCAUAGAAACAGAUUUGCACCUUUACUCUGAAUAUUAAGUAAAAGCAGUGGGAACGUACUCCCUGGGCCUGACCCACCAACUGUGUUGG